UCAAAACCAGGUUCUUGAAAAUGGGAAGAAAGAUUAUCUUAAACAUUCCUUGUACUACUACCUUAAUCACAUUCAUUUACUCCUUAACUAUUUUAUCUGUCUUCCCUCAUAACCUCCAUGCUAAACCGCCACCGAACCCGGUCCAAUGUAAUGGUAACUUAUGCACCCUCAAGAAUGGCUAUGGUUUAUGGGGAGAUAGAACAGAUUGCACCUCUCCCACCAUAACUUAUCCUACCACUGAACAAGAGCUUCGAUUGGCUGUCGCGAAUGCUAACAAAAAUAAACUCAAGGUUAAAGUGGUGACUAAAUUUUCACACACUAUACCAAAAUUGGCAUGUCCUAGCAGCAAAUCAAAUAAGACAAUGCUUAUAAGCACAGAAAAAUAUAAUUCCGGUAUCGAAAUUGAUGUUAAAAACAAGGUGGUAACAGUUGAUGCAGGGGUGAGUCUAAGAGACUUGAUGAACAAGGUGGAGGGUGCCGCGUUGAGCUUGGUCGCGGCACCCUACUGGGAAGGGGUGACCGUAGGCGGCCUUAUAAGCACCGGGGCCCACGGGAGCUCGUGGUGGGGGAAGGGUGGAGCGGUUCAUGACCACGUUGUUGGUAUUAGCCUUGUGGUUCCUGGGAAGGAGUCCGAAGGGUAUGCCAAGGUUCUUAGGUUAUUAGAGGGUAAUGACCCUCUUUUUAAGGGUGCUAAGCUGUCUUUGGGUGUUCUUGGUGUCAUCUCUAAGGUGAAGUUAUCGUUGGAAGCAGCUUUCAAGAGAAGAAUUACGUAUGAUUUUACAAAAGAUGAUGACAUCGAAGAUAAGUACAUUAAUCACGCCAAGAAAUAUGAAUUUGGUGACAUAACGUGGUAUCCAUCAAAGUACACAUCAGUUUACAGAUAUGAUGAUAGAGUUGAUUUCAAUACUUCUGGAAAUGGAAUCAAUGAUUUUCUUGGAUUUCAAUCUCAAUCUGUUUUAAUCUCUCAAGCUACUCGAUCACUCGAGAAGUCAUUUGAAAGUACCAAAGACGAGAAUGGUAAAUGCAGAAUGGCAACAACAUUUAUUUCAUACAAGAAACUAAUAGCAAAUGGAUUAAAGAACAACAAAUUACUCUUCACAAGCUAUCCAGUUAUAGGCACACAAGCCAACAUACAAGCAUCUGGUUCAUGCUUAUACUCUUCUCCUCUAAGACUAGACCUUACUUGUGCUUGGGACCCUACAAUCAAAGGGCUAUCCUUCUAUGAAUCCACCGCCAUUUUCCCUGCUUCAAAAUUUGGAGAUUUUGUUAAAGAUGUCAAGAAACUAAGGGACCUAAUUAGUCCCCUUAAACUUUGUGGUAUUGAUAUCUACAAUGGCUUCUUAGUUCGUUUCAUUAAGGGCUCAGAUGCAUAUCUAGGACAACAUGAGGAUUCUGUUGUUGUUGAUUUCAAUUAUUUUCGCGGUGAUGAUCCUAAACUUCCGAGAUUAAAUCAAGAUGUGGUUGAAGAGAUUGAGCAAAUGGCAUUCUUUAAGUAUGGAGCUAAACCACAUUGGGGUAAAAAUAGGAACUUGGUGUUUUUAGGUGUGCAUAAAAAGUACCCUAAUUGGAGUAAGUUUAUUGAUGUAAAGAAGUUACUUGAUCCUCAAGGUAUGUUUUCGAGUGAAUGGUCAGAUGAAAUAUUGUAUGGAGAAAACAGAGAAGAUGGAGAUGGAUGUGCUUUGGAAGGGUUGUGUGUUUGUUCAGAGGAUAGACAUUGUAGUCCAUCUAAAGGCUAUUUUUGUAAGCCAGGUUUUUUGUAUUCUCAGGCUAGAGUUUGUAGGUUUUUACAAGGUCAAGUUUCAAGUUCAUUCUAAAUUUAGAAAUUCAUACCAAAUAAUUUAGUUUUUGUGAAGAUGUUUCAAGUAACAAAAUUAAAGAUGUCAUUUAUAAAGAA